AUGUUGCGAACUCAAGUCGUCAAGCUCGCAAGAGCAAAUCCUGCUACCCGCCGCUCCUUUUCGGUUGCCUCCAUCCGUGCCAGUGAAGGCGAUACCGGUGCUCCAAGAUCGAGCAUGACCCAAGGGGACUCAUGGCAAAAGCGUGAGCAAGCCAACGAAGCCAAGUAUAUCCGGGACAAAGAGAUUGAAUCUUUGAGAAAACUCAAGGAGCGUCUUGCCGACCAAAGAGCCCACCUCGAAGAACUGGAAAAGCACAUCAACACCUUGGAGAGCGAGCGCAUUGAUUUGGACGAGAGAUCAAAGAAAUAA